AUGACCUACACUCAAACCUGGUGGAAAGACGCCUCCGUCUACCAAAUCUGGCCUGCCUCCUACAAGGACUCCAACGGAGACGGUGUUGGUGACAUCCCCGGUAUCAUCUCCACGUUGGACUACGUCAAGAACUUGGGCAUUGACGUCAUCUGGUUGUCUCCAGCCUACGACUCCCCUCAAGACGACAUGGGAUACGAUAUCUCCGACUACGAGUCCGUGUACCCCAAGUAUGGUACCAUGGAGGACAUGGACCAGUUGAUCAAGGAGUGCCACGACCGCGGCAUGAAGUUGAUCUUGGACUUGGUCAUCAACCACACCUCCGACCAACAUCAAUGGUUCAAGGAGUCUAGAUCCUCCAAGGACGACCCUAAGAGAGACUGGUACAUCUGGAAGAAGCCCAGAUACGACGCCGAGGGCAACAGACAGCCUCCUAACAACUGGGGCUCUUACUUCUCCGGCUCUGCUUGGAAGUACGACGAGGCCACCGACGAGUACUACUUGCAUCUUUUCGCCGAGUCGCAGCCCGACUUGAACUGGGAGAACGAGGAGACCAGAAAGGCCAUCUACAAGAGCGCCUUGAGCUUCUGGUUCGAGAAGGGUGUCGACGGUUUCAGAAUCGACACCGCCGGCAUGUACUCCAAGGUGCAAUCGUUCCCCGACGCCCCAAUCGUCUACGCCGAGUUGGACUACCAGCCAUGUAAGUUGUACCACCAGGGCGGUCCAAGAAUCCACGAGUUCCACAAGGAGAUGUUUGCCCAGGUCACCUCCAAGUACGACGUCAUGACCGUCGGUGAGGUGGGCCACUCCUCGCGCGAGGACGCCUUGAAGUACGUCAGCGCCGCCGAGAAGGAGAUGAACAUGAUGUUCUUGUUCGACGUGGUCGAGGUCGGCUGCCAAGUCGAGGACAGAUUCCGUUACAAGGGCUACAAGUUGCCUGACCUCAAGAAGGCCAUCCAGACCAUGAGCGCCUUCGCCGAGGGCACCGACGCCUGGGCCACCUGCUACUUGGAGAACCACGACCAGCCAAGAUGUAUUUCCCGUUUCGGUGACUCCAGCUCCAAGUGGAGAGUCAAGAGUGGUAAGUUGUUGGCCACCAUGCUCACCAUCUUGACCGGUACUGUGUUCAUCUACCAGGGUCAAGAGCUCGGUAUGGUCAACGUGCCAAGAUCCUGGGACAUCUCCGAGUACUUGGACAUCAACACCGUCAACUACUACAAGGAGUACGUCAGAGUCAACGGCGAGAAGGACUUGGACACCUUGAUGGACAACAUCAACUUGUUGGCCAGAGACCACGCCAGAACCCCAGUGCAAUGGGACAGCUCUGCCAACGGUGGUUUCUCCACUGGCAAGCCAUGGAUGAGAACCAACGACAACUUCGAGGAGAUCAACGCCGCCUCUCAAGUCAACGACCCAGACUCGUUGUACAACUUCUACAAGAAGGCCUUGCAGGUCAGAAAGGAGUACAAGGAUCUUUUCAUCUACGGUAAGUUCGAGAUCUUGGACUUCGACAACGAGAAGACCUUCACCAUUGUUAAGACUGCUGGCAGCCACAAAGCUUACGCCGUCAUGAACUUCACCAACGAGGCUGUGCCUUUCGAGGCCGACUUCGAGGGCAAGGCCACCCUCAUUCUUGCCAACGAGAACGACGUUAAGGAGUCGACUUUGGGUCCAUGGGAGUCCAGAGUUUACUUGAUCGAGAACUAA